CACAUCAGUAGUCCGUUUUCAGAGUUCAUCUGGAACGUAGUCUGAAUAGAUCCCUAUUCUGAAUUUUCUCGCUGUUCUAGGUUGCGAUAACAAUUCCCGAAAUAGUUUCGAGUUAACCGACCGAUCAUCACAUCCGACGCGUAGUUUCGCGAUAGUGCUUCGACAGAUUUAAAACCGACCUCAAUCGAAUUAAACCCUUUGAAUUUCUACGGCAAUCAGUUCUUUAAUCAUGAGCAGCUGCAGCAUGGGAGGAUAGCGCUCGCCCCAGUGAUUGUGACCAGCGUUAAUAGAACGUUCCAAUCUCGAAAUUCCCGUCGCGGCCUAGUGCACCAAAAAGACAAUCCGAUCGUGCCGCUGAAGACGGCCGGCUCAUUCAAAUUGGAAACGGUUCCGCGAGGUGCCAAAGUUAUGAGAAAAGCUACGGGCCUUCCGCUGAAUUUGACCCACUCGUACCGCAGACGCCGCAUCAAGUUUUGCGAUAGUUCGUUAAGGAGUAGUAGUAGAAGUGACGACGACCACCGAGGUAGUCAGAACAUACGGCUGGAGGUUCACCUGGAGAGUAUUAGGGGCCACAUUUGAGGUGCGAACCGGGUCAACUGUACAGCAGUAUUAGUUUUAAGAUUCAGCUGCAGAAUCGAGCCCGACGGCAAGCAUGGGAAAGCUCAACGAUGCAGUGGUGUGCUUCAAAGCCAGUAUCCUCGAGAGCAACACGAUCUGGAAGAACCCACGAAGUCGGACAGAUCGCCAGCAACAGCAGCCCAUCGACCGGAAACGACGGAAAAGCGGCUGCACCUGCAGUACCGCCAAGGGUAAAUCCGAUUCGAACGGAAACGUUCCGGAACUUGUCUGCGAUUGCCCGCAGGAGGACGGCACAGAAAUGGUGUCCGGAGCGAUCAGCAACUUCCACUCGGAACAGCGGAACGAUCCACUGGUUCGGGAGCUGCGGCGAGUGCGCGAGCAGAACGCUCAACGCUACAAGGAAGACUACUCGCAUGUGUUUCGAAACAAAUCACGAUGGGACUUCAUCCGGUUGUCGUUCGUCAUCAUGGGCAUCGAGUUUGUGUACUCGGCCGAAACGGCGUUCGUUACGCCGAUUUUGCUCGGGAUUGGCGUUGAACACCAGCUGAUGACACUGGUUUGGGCCAUUUCGCCGAUGAUCGGAUUCUUCCUGGCGCCAAUUCUGGGAACGUAUAGCGAUCGAUGCAAGGCGAAGAUGGGCCGCCGAAGACCGAUCCUGCUGGGCCUGUCGGUGACGAUGGUGCUAGGUUGCAUUCUGGUGCCCUUCGGAGAGAACGUGGGUCGUUGGUUUGGAGAUUUGGGGGAAAUUUUCCCGGAAGCUGCCAGUAAUGCCAGCGAGGUGCUGAAUUCCAACCUUACGGCUUUCAUGCCGUACGAUUUCUAUCGGGUGGAGAACGAGAUUAUUGAUCACGAGAUGGACUUCAAGUGGGCUAUCUUCUUCACCAUUUUGGGAACGUUGCUGUUGGAUUUCAGUGCCGAUACAUCGCAGACCCCGGCUCGUGCCUAUCUGUUGGAUAUUUGUUUGCCAGAGGACCAUGGUCGUGCAUGCAGUACCUUUUCGAUCAUGGCCGGCAUCGGAGGAAGCCUGGGCUAUGCCCUCGGUGGAUUCAACUGGGACAAUACCGUGUUCGGCGAUUUCCUCGGCGGAAGUAUCAAAACCGUGUUCACUCUGGUUGCGGUAAUCUUCGUAGUUGGCUUAGUCCUUACAGUUACCAGUUUUCGGGAAAUUCCUCUUCCGCUGAUGGAGAAGGACGAACUGUUGCGGCCACUGACUGAAUCCAUUAUAAAGAAAGAACGCGCCAAACUGGACGACAAGAUCUACUACAUCAAGGACGUGAGCCGAGCGUUCGCUUUGCAGCUGCAUACUAUUGACGAGAAGGCGCAACCCCCUGCGCCGUUGAUGAUCAGUAACGCACUGGCCGCGGAAGCUGAGAAGGGUCACCAGUUGGAGGCGUGUUCUUCGUCGGAUUCCGACUCGGAAGACGAAUCGGAAAAGGCAAUGAGUUUGAAGGACUUCCUGAAAAGCAUCUUUAUGAUGCCGAAAUCGAUCGCAAUCCUGUGCUUCACGAACUUGCUUUGCUGGAUGGGCCACUUGAGUUUCUGUUUGUACUUCACCGAUUUUGUCGGCGAGGAGGUGUUUGGAGGUAAUCCGGCGGCCCCUUCGAGUUCGGAAUCCUACCAGCUGUACCUGGAGGGAGUUCGAUACGGAUGUUUUGGACUGGCGAUUUACUCGCUGGCUUGCUCGUGCUACUCAUUCACCAUUGAAAAGUUGAUCAAAAUUCUGCGAGCAAGGAUCGUGUACUGUGGUGGAUUGAUGAUCGAUGCUGUUGGGAUGAUCAUGAUGGCUAUGUUCCCGAACAAGGUCACGGUGUUUGUUUUCAGUGCUUCCGGUGGGAUUGUCUACGCACUGCUCUUCACCAUGCCGUUCCUGUUGCUCGGCCAGUACCAUGCCAAGGGACAGUUCAAAGCACACAAGUCCUUGGUGUCGGACAAACCGGAAAGGAAACGCGGUCUGGCCACCGAUAUUGCCGUUGUCGGUGGAAUGAUUUUCGUGGCGCAGAUAAUUGUCUCGUUGGGCAUUGGAUCGCUGAUCGAGGCGCUCGGGACGACAUCGGCGGUUAUCUAUACGGCCGGAGUGUGCAGCUUUCUGGCAGCACUGUCAUCCACCCAGGUGGUUUAUAUGGAUUUGUAAACAAUCAAAACUCACACAUAGUAGCUCAAUCGCUGAAGUUGCGAUGUAAGAUAAAGAUCAAACUACUUAAUACGAACAGCAGACCUCCACUGAAACAAAAAAACAUCUAGUUAUAAGUAGUAAGCAUCAGUUGUAUGUUUUCGGUAAACGUAAAACAACUGAUGGAAGCAUUUUACAUUACUGGUAAUGUUAUGUGAUAUGUGUCAAUGUAUUUUAAAAUUAGGUUUAAGGUCACCAAACCCUAGCAUUAUAAUCAAAUAAAAUAUUUAGCCAUAAAA